UGACUUUAAGGUACCGCUUUUUCGCACCCAGCCAAGCUUUGUCCUCUUCAUUUGAACUAUCCGAUCAUAUCUAUGCUUAAUCUCAGAUCUGGCUUAUUUUAACGCCACGGGUGUAUAUUGUGAUUCGAUUUUUAAUCGAUUACACUUGUAGCGCUAAUCAACUGGGAAUAUUUUCUGCCUGAAAAGCUAAACUCAGGGAAUAGCGACGCGCUGUGGUGUUAUGAUGAGCCAUUAAACUUUUGCCGCCGCCGAAGCUUCCGUAUUGACAUGUUGUGAACAACAUGGCGGCAAAGGGGCCAUUGUUAAGUCAACACAGAAAUGUGGAAUCUGUCGUCAACCGCUGGUUAGUGGACUACUAUUUGUCUCUGGCCCUGGAGUUGUUUGAGAAGAGGCAAUACGCCGACUUCCUUGGUGUUAGAGAUGUACUCGACUGUGUUUUGGUUCGUCCCGUGGUGCUUACUGAUGGCAUGAGAAAAAAGAUUCUGUUGCUACAGUUUCUCACCUUGAUACAUAAAGGAGAAAGACUGGACGUCCCAUUUGAUCCUGAUCCGUCAAAGACUCCUCUGGAGUCAGCCUUAACGUGCCUGGAAGAAAUGAGACAGGAAUGCCACAUCCCACAGAAGGAUUUUGAGAACAUAUGCACUUCAGUUAAAGAGAUGAUUGUUGGGGUUUUCAUUCAGAACAGUGAAUUUGACAAAGCAGAAGAGAUGCUCAGCAAACACUUUCCCAAAUCAAUGGUUGGCAAGAAAGCUAUGUUGAUGGGGCUCAUCAAUAAGAAGAGAAAAAUGAAUGAAGACCUCGAGCAGAUGAACUUCCAAGACUUCAGAGACGAGAUGUUUACCUUUUGCCAGAAGCUCUGCCCACACACCUGUCCCUUUCUCCAUAAGGCGGCGAAACAGCUUAUUGAUGAAACCGUUCUGGAGGAAGACGGCAAAGCAGCUGGAACUGUUGAAGAAGUAGAAUCCAGCUCAGAGCAAGACGGACCCAGCCCACUCACAAGUCCAACGGUGAACUCUGUCAAGAUUGUACAGCAGCAGUCAGUUAUCCAGAGGACCAGACUCGAAGCAGCCUACAAUGCCUUGGCUGCAGGUUCAGUUGAAAUGACAUUUGCUCAAUUGAAGGACGAAGUGGAGACAGAUGAGCAGGAGACUGAGGAGCAGGAAAGAGACAAUUUUUGUCUGCAACUUUCACUUGAUACUUAUAGCUGUACCCAUCAGAAGUCAGAGGAGGAAGGGCCAUUUCAGAGAAACUCGGGCAGCCCCAUGGAAGCUUCUCCAGCAGAACGACCUCAAACAGAUGCUGUUACUCAGACGCAGGUGGGCUCACUCUCAAAGAUGGCCGCAGUGACGAGGAACCGGCAGCUUCCCACUUUGGCUCAGCUAGUGGUCGAACCAGACAGUCAGGCAGCCUCUCAGUGCACAACAUCUUCUCACGAAGCACAGACUGAAGUGGAAAUGGAAAAGUCACCACAGACUUGUGCUGUAUCCGAUAAAAACGACCAGCAGUGCCCACUGACAGUCAAAAAAGUUUCGGUACCCACACGAAAGCGCAGACGAGUGACCAGAACUGGCAGCAGAUUUCCAGACAGAUUGGUUGAAAGAAACAAUGACGAUUCCCCUGACUCGGUUGCCAACAGUCAAGAUUGUAGUGGGGAACUCCUUAAUCUUUCCAACAGUUCACUCAGCAGUUUAUGCAGAAACUCCAAGUCAAGACAGUCGUCAUCAGACGUUGAGGGAGACUCACUGGAGCGAUUGGCCUCCUGCGAAAGUCCGGUGCAGAAAUCUCAUCAACCACCAGCCAGCGAUUCUCAGAGCGAGGAUCCAGAUAACACAGAUGACACCUCGCCCGGCUUAGCUGAUGUGUUGACUGUCACUCCCGGCAAGCACUCUGCUCAAAGCAUUCAUCCUUCACAGACAAAAUGGAAAAAAAUGUACAAUAAUGCAAAAGAGAGUAAGGACACAUGGAGUGACGAAGAGUCCUAUUUCCCCUCCAAGAGGAGUAGUGGAUUAAAUGCGAGCACUCUUUCUGACUCAAGCCACAAGAAGAGGAAGUGGACCGAGAGUGAAACUCUGAAGUUAAAAGAAGGGGUCAAAAAAUUUGGAGAGGGAAACUGGAGUAAAAUUAAAUCGCAUUACUCCUUCAAGGAUCGAACAAAUGUGAACCUAAAGGACAGAUGGAGAACACUUAAGAAGUUAAACAUGGUUUAAGAUAAGUUCUGGCAGUUUUAAUGCCAUAGCAUAAUACAUAAUCAAUUUUUUCCCUUUAAAACUUCACAUUUUAUUUUGUUUCCUCUGAGGACUUGUAUUUUCAGAUGUUGGUUAAUUAUGGUAAUCGUGUUCAGAUUCAAUAAAUCUUGAAUGUUCACUGUUCAAA